UCCGACACGCGGUCUGAGUGCAAAAGUCCGAAGGCAACAGCUGUUUUCUCCAACUUAAUGGCGGAUGGCGACUGGUUGCUGCUCAAGGGAGAAUGCGAAAAAGCGGCGGAAAGCUACAGCACGGCGCUGACACUACAACCCGAGAACAAGCACUGUUUGGCGGGCCGCUCCAAGUGCUACCUAAAGACGGGCCAGUACGAAAAAGCCCUGAGGGACGCCGAAGCUUCGCUACAAGAAGACCAGUCCUUUUUUGUGGGGUUGUAUCAGAAGGCAGAAUCUUUGUACCGCAUGGGGGAGUUUGAAUCGGCGCUGGUUUUUUACCACCGAGGGUCAAAGCUGCGCCCGCAAGUCCGCCAGUUCCAGCUGGGCAUCCAGAAAGCACAGGAGGCCAUCGAGAACGCCGUCACUGUCCCUGCUGACGUCAGACAGAAACUCAAGGGAGAGUCACUGCAAAAAGAAGAUGAGAUGACGACAACGACAACCGAGAAGCAAAACGCCUCCAAAAUGCAGAAGAAGAGCAAGAAAUAUCUGGGAGAGUUUUACGAGGACAGGAGAUACCUGGAGAAACUGUUAAAGGAUGAAACCUUGGUGAAAAGCAGGAUGAAGAACGGCCAACAACUGAAGGACAUCAUCCGAAGCAGUCUCACGUACUUGGAUGACUGCGCCGACUUCUGGAACCAGCAGAAGCCCACGCAUCCUCUGCCUAAAGACCCUCAGCAACAGAGAAAAAAGACACCCGCCCUGGGAACCUGCACACUUUUUACUUAAGAGGACAAGAUGAGGCAAUACAUAUAUUCUUAACUCAUUGGCUGCCAUUUUUACAGAGAUGGACAGCCAAUUUGAUCACUUUGGACUUCAUUGGCACUCGCUCAUGAUCAUUCAUUUCCAGCGCCUCUCAGUUGAAAUGAAAUAAGAAGUCUCUCUGGCGCAGAAACGUCGUUCAUCACAGCCCUCUCAGUUCAAACGGAUUGGACGUCUAUUGCCGUUGACGGGU